GUCUGCAGGCGUUUGCUUGGCCGCACAUCAUGGAUGGAAAUUCGUUGGUGUGCGUCAGUGCAUCAAGAACCGGGAAAACGUAUUCCAUCCUUCCUGCUUUAUGCUCGAGACUGAUUUUGAAUUUGCAAAACUGGCUCGUCCCCCCGGGCGAAGGUCCGGUCGGCAUUGUUAUUUGCUAUUCUUCCGAGGAGGUGUUGAGGGUUGGUAGAAUCUGUAAGAAAAUGUUAAAUCCUAAAGAAGAUGGUAGGAUGCGAGUAGUAAUGGCCUUUGAUCUUAACAGAGUGCAUACUUUUAUGGGAUUGCUGUUAAACGGGUGUGCCCUUCUGGUAGCGACUGCUCCUGUCUACAAGGCAAUCUACGACCUCACUGAUGGUGAAGUGUUCCUACGCGAGCGUGUUCGGGUAAUUGCGAUCGACAAUUUCGAGCGGAUACAUGUCGCUUGCUCCUCGGAGCUGGAGGCGUUGAGAACACACUGGGAAAGUCCCAAUCUUCAGAUGAUCGUAACGUCUACCACCUGGCAUCCGCAGCUGGCCACUUUCCUUGGUAGAAACAAAAACACAAUCAUAUGCAUAGGCUCGUACCUGGAGGCAGCGUUGUAUGGCAAAGUAAAGUUUCAGGUAGAGCGUCAACGCGAUUGUGCCGAAAAGAUGCGCACACUGGUCCAGUACCUCCAGAAGCACGACUACCGCACGCAACGCACGAUUGUCCUCACUAGAAACGCCGUGAAUCUAACAUCGAUCGUGAAAGGCUUUCAGCAGCACGCCAUCGUUUUUCUGGUGUGCAGCGACAGCAGCAGCAUCGACCGAAACGAUGGCUUCCGGGACUGGGAUAACCGUACGCCGGGCAACAUUCCAGUACUCAUCUGUCUCGAUGAGCUGCUUGCUGAUUUAAAAGUCUCCAAGGCGCAGCACAUCGUGCACUACUCGAUGCCGUCGACUUGGAAAAUGUUUACAAAACGGUUUGCUGUGUCGUUUGAUUUUUACCAAUCUACCUAUCUGAAGCCAAAGGAAUGGCCCUCAUCACUGGUGCUGCUGGACGAAAUCGACAACGACCUGCUUCUAAAGUUGGUCGACUUACUGCAGUAUUAUAGUUUAGAAAGUGCCAAUGAGCUAUCAACGCUGGCGCAGGUUCUUCGUAGCGAAAACGCCGUCAAGGGCAGUGGUUCUGCAUUGUGCCCGCAGCUCCUGUCCUUAGGGGCUUGUCGUAUAUACCGAAUGUGCCACAAUCGGCAUGUUGCCGUGGAGCACGAUCUGCAGCACACGCUGCCAACUAGGGGGGUCGUUCUUUUGAGAGUGAUUAAGAUGGUCUCUCCGGUGCAUUUCCGCUGUUGGAUCACUGACAGUGAUUCGAAUGGAGAUUUUACUAAAAUUACCGUUGACUCGGACAUCGUGCAACGCACUCCCGCUUUCGGCGAGUCAAUGGAUCUGAGUAUCGAUGUGCGUAUUGCCGGCGUUGUGCCGUCCAAUAAUGAUGAGGAUUGGAACAAGUAUUCGAUUCAGCACGCGCAACAGUUGGUCAAGGACUACUCAGACAAAGACAACUGCUACAUCUACGGGAAUGUUCUGUUGACGCUGCAUGACAUGAUCUGGGUCGAUGAGCUUUUUUUGGUUGAGGAUAAAAAAGGCGAGGAAAGGUCGUUCGUACCGACGGCAUUUACAGCAUCCAUCAUCUCCAAAAACUACGGUGCACGGAAUAAGAAAUCCUUCGAACUUAUUAAACAGUUCAUACAGCACGGUAAAGCGGACGGAAAGCAGGCAUAUGAACCAGAUUCGCCAAAUGGGACGGAUGCUGAUAAUCCGAGUGAACAACGCAUUACGGAGCUGGCACUUUCGUCGGAGUCACCAUCCGAGCCAAAAACGGUCAGUCCGGACCACUCACUUGUGUCAAUGUUGCCGCAGGUACCCGAUAGUGUGUCCUCGGCUUGCUCUUUUGAAGAAAUGGCACCCUUACCGGACCACGAGCAGUGCAGCUCCGAUAAAUUGGAAACUGGCCAAUGCUACCAAGUAGGCUUAGGAGCAUAUUUUGGGCCAAACAAAUUUUAUAUCUUCAUCCUAAAAAAUGCACUGAAAAUAAACAAAAGCAUUAAAGAGUACCUUUCUAACAAUCCUAUCAAGCCUCUUAGAGACACUAAAGUUGGGGUGUUCUGUUUGGUUCGCUAUGGUCACGGGUUUAAACGAGGCGAAAUAAUUGAAAUUACCAGUGAAAAGACACGUGUAUUUUUGCUAGAUUAUGGUAACACGAUUAGUUGUCAGCAUGAGUCAUUGUUCGAGAUGCCGACGCAUCUGUUGCGAAAUUUCUCGUUUGCGGCCAUCGAGGCAACUUUUGCCUAUAUUAUACCUCCAAAAGGAAGCAGCUGGACUGACGAUGAGAGCCGUCAAAUAUACCGCAAGGUGCUAGAUAAAGGCAAUAGUAACCCCACCAGGUUAGAUGCGCACGUGCGUGGAAUAUUUCCUGCACGCCGUGAAGCUGGUCCUGCUCACCAUCAGUACAAGGUGGUUCUUACUAGCUGCGAUUCCAAUGACUUAUUUGAAAUAGUCGGUGAGUUACUUGAUCAUGAUCUGGUCUUGUUCGAUCAUGUAGCGUUCCGACAGGACUGUACUGUAGGCAGUGAUGAUGAAAAAGAUUAUGUGAAGAGAUUUGGGCCGAUCAGCAUGGAUCAUGCAAAAAAGAACCCAGUGGCUACCGUAAAAGACUUACGACCUGAAAAAUCCGAUACAUCUGAGCUGCAAAAAACCACCGCUGCCAAGAAGGAACCAUCUCUAACACCAUCGGCGGUGGUUAAAGGUGGGGUCCUACAGCAGCAACGAUGUUAUCGAUACCCAAUGACCCAAUGGUUUCAAGAUGACCAUUCGGUCACACUAUACGUCACCGCACCUGACGUGACCAAUCUUGACUUUGCCGUGUCCACCAAAAAGGUGCAGCUGAAGUUCGUCAGCAACGGCGAUCGUUACGUGCUACGGCUGCACCUUUUCGGUGUGAUCGACGCACAAAACGCCAAGUAUGAGUUCCGUGGUCUUUCGAUCAUUUUACGCCUGCCAAAGCUGGUCGGGAGCAACAUUCACUGGCCCGCUCUGCUAAAGCACCAAACAAAAAUAUGUUGGCUCAAGAAAGCGGCACCGCACGAUGAUACAGAAUCGGAGUCUGCUUCCGAGCCCGAGGAAGGUUGGAGAAAUUUACCUUCGGUCGAACAAGACGAUAACUCACAGGACGAUUAUGAAUCUGAAUGCGAUGAAUACACAUAAUCAUGUGGAAUGUGAAAUGUGAAAUGUGAUUUGAUUUGUUUCGAAUUUGAUGUGGAAUAAAAAAUGAACUUAUU